ACAAUCGCGGCUGUUUACCUCCCUCUCGCUGCACCCAGCGGGCAGAGUCCCCGGGAGGCGCCGCGCGAGGUCGGAAGGCUCGGAGGUGGGAACACGCAGCUUCCCCGGCCCGGCCAACCUACAGCCACGCUGAGCGCGGUGCCCUGAGAGCGCACGGGCGGCGGGGGCUCUGCCGGUUGCCCCCCCCGGCCUUCCCCUUCCCGUGCCACAGAGGCGCUGUCACUUUAAGAGCGGGGGGUGGCGGUCCCUUUAAGGCGGGGGGGAAGUCAGCUGCCCGUGCACGGUGGCGGUGCCGCUGGACACGGUGGGUGCGGGGCGGAGGGUUCCCGGGCAGCCCCGGUGCCUGCGGGGUCCCGUCCUCAUCGCUCCGUCGGGUCUGUUUCCCCGGGGUCCGGGGGUUUCCCCGCGAUAUUCCCGUGCUCAGCUCCGGGACCUGAGCGCAGCGGGGACGCGGCGACUCGGUCCGUCGCCAGGGCGCGUUCCCAGGCUGCCGCCCGUGGCCUCUUUUAAUUCCGAUUUCUGUUUGUAUCUUUAUUUUUAACGCUAUUCCUGUUUUAUAUUCCUAUUUUGCUCUCCCGUUUUUAUUCCUAUUCCUAUCCCUGUUUUCUCUUUCCAUUCGUAUUUCCACUCCCUCUCUUAACCCCGUCUCUCCCCCCCGGCCAUGGCUCCUACCCCCCGCGGGUAAUAACCCCCCCCCAUCCCGCACUCCGAGCUGUCCCGGAGCCGUGGGGUGCGAUGCGGCCGCUGUGGGCGCUGAGCGUGGCCGGCGCGCUGAGCGUGGUCGGGGCGCUGGCGGGGCACGACGGGUCGCAGCCCGGGGCGGCUCUGGACGCGGGGACCCGCGCUGACGGCGUGGGACACGACCGGGGUUUGGACUGCCGGGAGGUGCGGAGGCGCAACAGCUCCGAGCGGUGCCGCUUCGUGCGCGGUACCCCGGACUGCCGCAUGGACGGCGGGUUCCUCGACUACCUCGGCGGAGCGUUCUGCGCCUUCCCCGCCGCGCUGCUUCCGCUGUCCGUCAGCCUCUACGCGCUGUGGCUGCUCUACCUGUUCGUCGUCCUCGCCGUGACAGCCGAGAAGUUCUUCUGCCCCAACCUGUCGGCCAUCUCCACCAAACUGAAGCUGUCCCACAACGUGGCAGGUGUCACCUUCCUGGCCUUUGGCAAUGGGGCGCCGGAUGUCUUCAGUGCUGUGGUGGCCUUCUCUGACCCGCGAACAGCCGGGCUGGCGGUCGGGGCUGUCUUUGGCGCUGGUAUCUUUGUGACCACAAUGGUGGCUGGCGGCAUUGCCCUGGUGAAGCCGUUUGCAGCAGCCUCCAGGCCCUUCCUCCGGGACAUCAUCUUCUACAUGGUGGCCAUCUUCCUCACCUUCCUGGUCCUCUACUUUGGCCGCAUCACGCUGGGGGAAGCUCUAGGAUACCUGGGGCUCUAUGUCUUCUAUGUCUUCACCGUGGUGGUGUGCACUUGGAUUCACCACCGGCAGCGUGGGGAUGGGUCAUCCCACCCCGGGCCGUGGGAGCCAGCUGUACCAACAGAUGCUGUGGAGCAGGAGUCCUCGAGCGCCGACUGCGGAGACUAUGGUGAGGAGUAUCGGCCCCUGCUGCCCUACCAUGAGACCUCGCUGCACAUCCUCAGCUCUGCCCUCAACCCCCUGGACAAGCAUAAGUGGAGGAGGAAGCCCUGGUACUGGCGGCUCUUCAAGGUGCUCAAGGUCCCUGUGGAGCUGGUGCUGCUGCUCACUGUGCCUGUGGUGGACCCCGACAGAAACGACCUGAACUGGAAGAGACCUCUCAACUGCCUGCACAUCAUCACUGGGCCCCUGCUCUGUGUCCUCACCCUCAAGUCAGGAGCCUAUGGGCUGUACCAGAUCCAGGGUGUCUUCCCAGUCUGGGCACUGGUUGCACUGAUUGGCUCCGUCCUGGCCAUCAUCGUCUUUGUGACCACAUGCAAUGAAGAGCCACCCAAAUACCACUGCGUAUUUGCCUUCCUUGGGUUCCUGUCCAGUGCUUUGUGGAUCAAUGCAGCAGCCACGGAGGUGGUGAACAUCCUGCAGACCUUGGGCAUCAUCUUCGAGCUGAGCAACACUGUGCUGGGCCUGACCCUACUGGCCUGGGGCAACAGCAUUGGAGACACCUUCUCCGAUCUCACCAUGGCACGGCAGGGCUACCCCCGCAUGGCCUUCUCUGCCUGCUUUGGGGGCAUCAUCUUCAAUAUUCUGGUAGGCAUGGGGCUGGGCUGCCUGCUGCAGAUGACCAGCAGCCAGACAGUGGUGAAGCUGGAGCCUGACAGUCUCCUGGUGUGGAUCUUGGCUGGGGCCCUGGGACUGAGCCUGGUGUUUUCCUUUGUGGCGGUGCCAGCACAGUGCUUCCAGCUGGGCAAGGCAUACGGCACCUGCCUCAUCCUCUACUACUUGGCCUUUCUCUGUGUGGCUCUGCUCACCGAAUUCCGGGUGAUCCACCUGGCUGCCACCUGAGUGCUGCAGAGCCACGUCCUUGCCCUCCUGCAGCCUGCGGGGCCACACAUUUGCUCUCUGGAGAAAGAACUGAUUGUGUUUUGGGAAAGGAAGAGGAUUUGUUAAGCACUAGCCAUCUCCUCGCUCCACUCUGUUGAACUUCAUUUAACUUGGGGUGUCUCCAAACAAGGAUGAGGACAAAGGUUUGGCUGCUGCCCCAGAGCAUAGGAAUGGAGCAGCCACAGGGGAGCACAUGCUGGGACACCCCUUCACCUCCCCAUCUGGACUCCUCUGGGGCUGACUGCCACGUACUAUGGAAAAAUUGUUAAGUAAAGGCUUGAGUGCAACUUA